UAUGGUUUAUUUUGUCGAUGUUGCUUUAAUAUGGGCAUUGCCAGCCAUCCUAAUUAAUAAAUUGAUUUUCUAUUUGGUUUAUAAGAUUGGUGGAAAUCAUGAAUGUAUUGUAGAUGUAGCCUACUCUAUAAGUCAUUUAGUUGCAGGAGUAGUAUAUUUUAUAUUUUCGACAAUAUCAACUCCAGCAAAGAUAGUAAUAAUAAUUUAAUAUUUUAAGAUCAAUAUCCUUCUUGUUGCAUUAUGGUCAUUAAGACUUGGUGGAUUUUUAUGUGUGACUAGAGUAUUAGCUGGAUUUAAAGAUGAGAGAUAUGAUAAUAUCUUUAGUGAAUAUAAUGCAGAUAAAUUUAAGAAAGAUGUAAUGGUCUUUGUGUAAUUUAUGUUCUAAGGAUUGAUUGUAUUUGUCACUAGUAUACCAUUAUAUUUCUUAUUUCUAAAUGAUCUCACUUGGUAAUCAGAUAAUUUUAAAGGUUUGAAUGUGAUGAAUUACAUUGCUUUAUCAAUAAUUCCUUUCAGUAUAUUCUUAGAAGCAACUGCAGGUAUAUUUGAAAUAUAAAAAGUAUAGACUUACAAUUAGAGAAAUUUAAGAAGUAGAAACAAUAGGGUUUGAUAGCUAGAGAAGAUUUAAUGGAAACUGGACUUUGGAGAAAGAGUCGUCAUCCAAAUUUAUUUUUUGAUUUAGUUACUUGGUUUUGUUUUGCAUUAGCAGCAAUUAAUGAUGCAAUAAGUUUAUGUGCAUUUAUAGGACCAAUUGCUUUAUUUUGUGUAAUGGAAUUUCUCACAACUCCAUUAACAGAGGCUCAUAUGAAAAAGAAAAGAGGGGAUAUUUAUGCAUAAUAUGUUGCUAGAACAAAUAAAUACUUAGUAAUGUGAU